AGCCCCGCGGCACCUCCCCGGCCGCCCCUCGCGGACACGCCCCCGCCGGGGGGAGCCUUUAAGGGCCAGAGCGCGCGGCCCUGAUUGAUUAAGCCGCGCGCAGCCGCUGCCACCUCCGCGGUCUCGGCGCCUGCUGCUGAGCCCGGCCGCGCCGCGGACCCCGACCUCGACCCCGACCUCGCCAGCUCGCCCGCACUCCUUGCCACCGCCCCACUCGGCCUUGGCCGCGCAGCUUCCUUCUCGCCGAGCCCUGUCCCCGGCCGCCCAUGUCGGCCGCCCCCGCCUACAGCGAAGACAAGGGCGGCUCCGCCGGCCCGGGGGAGCCUGAGUACGGCCACGACCCCGCGAGCGGCGGCAUCUUCUCCUCCGACUACAAGAGGCAUGACGACCUCAAGGAGAUGCUGGACACCAACAAGGACUCCCUCAAGCUGGAGGCCAUGAAGAGGAUUGUGGCGAUGAUUGCCCGGGGGAAGAAUGCCUCUGACCUGUUUCCUGCUGUGGUGAAGAAUGUGGCCUGUAAGAACAUAGAGGUGAAGAAGCUCGUCUACGUGUACCUGGUACGUUACGCUGAGGAGCAGCAAGACCUGGCCCUACUGUCCAUCUCCACCUUCCAACGUGGCCUAAAGGACCCCAACCAGCUGAUUCGUGCCAGUGCCCUCCGCGUCCUCUCCAGCAUCCGUGUGCCCAUCAUAGUGCCCAUCAUGAUGCUAGCCAUCAAGGAAGCCGCCUCGGACAUGUCGCCUUAUGUGAGGAAAACAGCUGCCCAUGCCAUACCUAAACUCUACAGUUUGGACUCUGACCAGAAGGACCAGCUGAUAGAAGUCAUCGAGAAGCUUCUGGCUGACAAGACCACGCUGGUGGCGGGCAGCGUGGUGAUGGCCUUCGAGGAGGUGUGCCCAGAACGCAUCGACCUGAUACACAAAAACUACCGCAAACUCUGCAACCUGCUCAUCGACGUGGAGGAGUGGGGCCAGGUGGUCAUCAUCAGCAUGCUCACCCGCUACGCGCGCACGCAGUUCCUGAGCCCCACCCAGAACGAAUCCCUGCUGGAGGAGAACCCGGAGAAAGCUUUCUACGGCUCGGAGGAGGACGAGGCCAAGGGUGCGGGGUCCGAGGAGGCGGCGACCUCGACACUACCCGCCCGGAAGCCCUACGUCAUGGACCCCGACCACCGGCUGCUUCUGCGCAACACGAAGCCGCUGCUGCAGAGCCGCAGCGCCGCCGUGGUCAUGGCGGUGGCGCAGCUCUACUUUCACCUGGCACCCAAGGCGGAGGUGGGAGUCAUCGCCAAGGCCCUAGUGCGUCUACUGCGCAGCCACAGUGAGGUGCAGUAUGUUGUGCUGCAGAACGUGGCCACGAUGUCCAUCAAGCGCCGGGGUAUGUUUGAGCCCUACCUGAAGAGCUUCUACAUCAGGUCCACUGACCCCACCCAGAUCAAGAUCCUGAAGCUGGAAGUGCUGACCAACCUGGCCAAUGAGACCAACAUUCCUACUGUCCUACGGGAGUUCCAGACCUACAUUCGAAGCAUGGACAAGGACUUUGUGGCAGCCACGAUCCAGGCCAUUGGACGCUGUGCAACUAACAUUGGGCGAGUCCGUGACACCUGCCUCAAUGGCCUGGUGCAGCUGCUGUCCAACCGUGAUGAGCUUGUAGUUGCAGAAUCAGUCGUUGUCAUUAAGAAACUGCUGCAGAUGCAGCCGGCACAGCAUGGAGAGAUCAUCAAACACCUGGCAAAGCUCACAGACAACAUCCAGGUGCCAAUGGCCCGAGCCAGCAUCCUGUGGCUCAUUGGAGAGUACUGUGAGCAUGUCCCCAGGAUUGCGCCUGAUGUCCUGAGAAAAAUGGCCAAGUCAUUCACAGCAGAAGAGGAUAUCGUCAAGCUGCAGAUCAUCAACCUGGCAGCCAAGCUCUACCUGACAAACUCUAAACAGACCAAGCUGCUGACCCAGUAUGUGCUGAGUCUGGCCAAGUAUGACCAAAACUAUGACAUCCGUGACCGGGCUCGCUUUACCCGGCAGCUCAUCGUCCCUUCAGAGCAGGGUGGGGCCCUUAGCCGCCAUGCUAAGAAGCUCUUCCUGGCACCCAAACCAGCCCCAGUCUUGGAGUCAUCCUUCAAAGAUCGGGACCAUUUCCAGCUGGGCUCACUGUCUCACCUGCUCAAUGCCAAGGCUACCGGCUACCAGGAGCUCCCAGACUGGCCAGAGGAAGCCCCAGACCCAUCUGUGCGCAACGUGGAGGUACCUGAAUGGACCAAGUGCUCAAAUCGGGAGAAGAGGAAGGAGAAGGAAAAACCCUUCUACUCGGACUCUGAGGGGGAGUCAGGCCCCACGGAGUCUGCAGACAGUGACCCUGAGUCUGAGAGCCAGUCAGACAGUAAAAGCAGCAGCGAGAGUGGCUCUGGGGAGUCUAGCAGUGAGUCUGAUGAUGAAGACCAGGAUGAGGAUGAGGAGAAAGGGAGAGGCAGUGAGAGUGAACAGAGUGAGGAGGCAGGUGAAAAGAGGAAGACAAAGAAGAGGAAGAAGGUGGCUGAGGGACCAGAAGGCUCCUCUUCAGAUGAGGGCAGUGACUCCAGCACUAGCUCAUCAGAGUCCGAGAUGACAUCAGAGUCCGAGGAGGAGCAGGGGGAGCCCGUGUCCUGGAGGAGGAAGACACCUCCCAGCAGCAAAAGUGUCCCUGCAGCAAAGGAGAUCUCCCUGCUUGAUCUAGAGGACUUCACCCCUCCCAGUGUCUAUCCUGUGUCUCCCCCUACUGUUGUGUCCAGCAGUCUGGCUGCUGACCUGGAGGGCCUGACACUCACAGACUCCUCUCUGGUACCCUCACUGCUGAGUCCAGUGUCCAGUGUUGGGCGGCAAGAGCUGCUGCACCGGGUAGCGGGUGAGGGGCUGGCUGUGGACUAUGCCUUCAGCCGCCAGCCUUUCUCUGGGGACCCCCACAUGGUGUCUGUGCACAUCUACUUCUCCAACAACGCUGAUACCCCUGUCAAGGGCCUGCAUGUGGGCACGCCAAAACUGCCUGCUGGCAUCAGCAUCCAGGAAUUUCCUGAAAUUGAGUCUCUGGCACCUGGAGAAUCAGCCACUGCUGUAAUGGGCAUUAAUUUUGGUGACUCAACCCAGGCAGCCAACUUCCAGCUGUGCACCCAAAACCGACAGUUCUACGUCUCCAUUCAGCCACCUGUGGGGGAGCUGAUGGCCCCUCUAUUCAUGAGUGAGAAUGAGUUCAAGAAGGAGCAGGGAAAGCUGACAGGCAUGAAUGAGAUCACAGAGAAGCUCACACUUCCAGACACCUGUCAGAGUGACCACAUCGUGGUACAGAAAGUGACUGCCACUGCCAACCUGGGCCGUGUCCCUUGUGGGACAUCCAGUGAGUACAGGUUUGCAGGGAGGACGCUGACCAGUGGGAGUCUAGUCCUACUGACCCUGGAUGCCCAGCCAGCUGGAGCUGCCCAGCUGACUGUCAACAGUGAGAAAAUGGUGAUUGGCACCAUGCUGGUGAAGGAUGUGAUACAGGCUCUGACCCAGUGACCCCCAAGUGCUGUGACCUCUUUGGCCUCCACCUUUACUUCUCCUAUGACAUCUGGGCUGUUGUUGUCUGUUUCUGUCUGUCUUUCUCUCUCUCAAAUCAGCCUCCUCAUGCUAGACAGUAUCUCUAGCCAUUACCCAGCCCCUCUCCUUCCCCUUGCCCAUGGGUUCCUUAGUGGCCUGUGCAGAGGGAGAUGGCAGCUGCUCCCUUCAGACCUCCCAGCUUUCUAUAGCUAUUUACUAUUUACAUAGCAAAGUCUCAAUAAAAUGCCUUUUCCCUA